GGCCGGAAGGGGCGGGGCGGAGGCGCCGAGACUUCCGGGAGCGGCGCCGGCCGGCUCCGGCGGGGGGGACCAUGAGCUGGAUACCGUUCAAGAUCGGGCAGCCCAAGAAACAGAUUGUACCCAAGACAGUGGAGAGAGACUUUGAAAGGGAGUAUGGAAAGCUCCAGCAAUUGGAAGAUCAGACCAAAAAACUUCAGAAGGAUAUGAAGAAAAGCACAGAUGCAGACUUGGCCAUGUCAAAGUCAGCUGUCAAAAUCGCUUCGGACCUGCUGUCUAACCCACUUUGUGAACAGGAUCCCGUCUUCCUGGAGAUGGUCACAGCCUUUGACACAGCGAUGAAGAGGAUGGACUCUUUCAACCAGGAGAAGGUGAAUCAGAUCCAAAAGACAGUCAUAGAGCCUUUGAAAAAGUUUAGCAGCGUGUUCCCCAGCCUGAACGUGGCGGUGAAGCGGCGCGAGCAGACGCUGCAGGACUACAAACGCCUGCAGUCCAAAGUGGAGAAGUACGAAGAGAAGGAGAAAACGGGCCCUGUCCUCGCUAAGCUGCACCAGGCCCGCGAGGAGCUGAGGCCAGUGAAGGAGGACUUCGAAGCUAAAAACAAGCAGCUCCUGGAGGAAAUGCCCAAGUUCUAUAGCAGCCGCAUCGAUUACUUCAAACCCAGCUUUGAGUCGCUGGUCCGUGCGCAGCCCGCUUUCUCCCGCCAGGUCGUCUACUACACGGAGAUGCACAAGAUCUUCGGCGACUUGACGGCGCAGAUCGACGAGCCGGGCCUCAGCGACGAGCAGCGGGAGCGGGAGAACGAAGUGAAGCUGAGCGAGCUGCGGGCCUUGUCCAUCGUGGCCGACGACUGACCGCCGGGGGCGGGAGACGGUGACGAGGCAGGGGCUGGAAAUCCCCCGCUCCCGCGCCAGGCCCGCUUCCUGCCGGCUCCCUCCCGGGACGCACCGACCGCCUCUGGGUUUUUAACCUCUUGCUGCUCCCUCCUUUCCCUGCACGGCCGAGCAGCUCUGCCCUCCUGCCAGGACGAGGUACCGGGGGGAGCAGGGCGACCCCCAGCACAGCCGGGCCGCAGCGGCUGGCUGCUUCGUAAACGCAGUUUCCCAAUCCUCGCUGAGCCUGUUCUGCCCUCCCUGCUUUUCGAAGCGCUGCAGUUUCUUUAAAUAAGCGCUGGUUGCGCAGCAGGGAAGCGAGCCGUCCAGCUCAGCGGAGGAAAGGCAGCGGCUGCGCCCUGCGCGCCCGGUCCCAGCCCCGGCCCCGCGCGGCACCUUCGCGCGCCGCCGCUGGCCCGCUGCCCCGCGGCACUCCCCGGCCCUGCCUGGGCAGCUGGAAGGGGUCACUGCCGUCCAGGCUGUUUGUUUUGUGCCUUAGGAGUCCAGUAACAACAGCAGGGAGGGUGAAAGCAUUCAAAUUCCUCUGCGCGAUGCAUUCUGGAGGCGUCAGGGAAGGGUUGUUAAAGGGCUGCGCUUCCCGCACCGAGCGCCAGACGAUGCCGCGGUCGCCGCGGACCCCCUUCAAGCAGAAACGGGACGAGCUUGCGGGGGGAGGCUCGCGGUGACGUACACUGGGACCGAGCGAGUUCCCGCUGAGUGGGGACGGGAGCUGAGACUGCCUCCCAGGGAAGAGGUGCCGAGAACGCCCGGGGCCGAAAAAGAGAAAUUCUGCUUCACGGUGAAAAACAGGCAGGAGCAAAGCUAGGGGAAAAGGGCACCGUGGGGCAGAGCCAGGCGGGAUUACAGCAGGUCUGUGCGGACGCGUGUGCCUUCGGGAGGGGAAGCCUCCCUCUCUCUGCCGGCCUCGCUGCGGUAACGCAGCACGCCAGGAGCAGGCCCUUCCGUUCCAAUAAAGUUUUUCCCAGA